UGGUAGGAGAGAGUAUUGUGUAAUGUCUAGUGAUAUAAAUGAGAGUAACCUUAACAUUUAUUUAUGAUAUGGAUGUUGUACCAUUUGUCUAUGUGAGAAGACACGUACUUGUCAUCAUUCGCCAUUUACGAAGACGAUUCCUUUUCAAUUCAACUCAACAAUUCAUUACAAUUUCAACAAGUGCGUGCAAAUUCAAAUCUUUGGAAUUUUAUUUCCCUUUGUUUGAAAAAGGAAGUGUCGUGGAAAUUCCUUCUUCUCAUUCAACCACUCUCAUGCACUUAUCCGCCUCUAAACUAUAGAAACAAACAAUUUGUAUUUUCAUUGCAAACUUUCUCUCUCUCUCUCUCUCUCUGUAUGUGUGUUUGUGUUUAUGGAAAAGUCAACGGCAUGUUUGGUUAGUGCCAUUGUGAUCCUUUGUUUCUGCUUCAUAAACCAUGUUAAAUCUGAUUCAUUGGAUCACCGUUACAAAGAAGGUGAUUUUGUACCUUUUUAUGCUAACAAAGUGGGACCCUUUCACAAUCCAAGUGAGACAUACAGAUAUUUCGACCUUCCCUUUUGCGCACCAGAUAAUGUGGAAGAAAAGAAAGAAGAUCUUGGUGAAGUUUUGAAUGGGGAUAGAUUAGUUGUUGCUCCUUACAAAAUGGAUUUUCUGAUUAAUAAAAAACCUGAGAGCAUAUGCGGAAAGAAGCUGACAAGAAAUGAGGUUGCUCAAUUCAGACAUGCUGUUUUGAAGGACUAUUUUUAUCAAAUGUACUAUGAUGACUUGCCUAUUUGGGGUUUCCUUGGAAGAUUUGAGAAUGAUGAUAAAGAUGACACAAAUGAGGCCACAGUUUAUCUAUUUAGGCAUGUUCAUUUUGAGAUCCUUUACAAUAAGGAUAACAUCAUUGAUGUUUUCAUUAGAAAUGAUCCAAAUGCUGUUGUAGACUUGACAGAAGAUAGAGAGGUAGAUGUGGAUUUCACAUAUUCUGUCAGAUGGACUCAAACAGAUAUUCCAUUUGAGAAAAGGUUGGAGAAAUACUCACAGACAUCAUCACUCUCACAUCACUUGGAAAUCCAUUGGUUUUCUAUUAUUAACUCUUGUGUUACUGUUCUCCUCUUGACUGGAUUCCUUGCCAUGAUUCUCAUGCGUGUGCUGAAGAAUGAUUUUGUCAAGUUUACACCUGAUGAAGAGGCACUUGAUGACCAAGAGGAGAGUGGAUGGAAGUAUAUCCAUGGUGAUGUAUUUAGAUAUCCAAGAUACAAGUCUUUGUUUGCAGCAGCAAUUGGAAUAGGCUCUCAAUUAUUUACACUUGUAAUCUUCAUCUUUAUGCUUGCACUAGUUGGUGUUUUCUAUCCUUACAACAGAGGAGCUUUGUUUACUGCACUAGUUGUCAUAUAUGCACUAACUUCUGGCAUUGCGGGUUAUUCUUCGGCUUCAUUCUAUUACAUGAUUGAAGGGAAAAAUUGGGUGAAAAUUUUGGUGUUAAGUGGAAGUCUGUUCUCUGGACCAUUGUUUUUGACAUUCUGCUUUCUCAACACUGUUGCUGUUGCCUAUAACUCCACAGCAGCACUACCCUUUGGAACAAUUGUGGUUAUUUUCCUCAUAUGGACUCUUGUAACAUCACCUUUAUUAGUAUUGGGUGGAAUUGCUGGUAAGAAUAGCCGAUCAGAGUUUCAAGCGCCUUGUCGCACAAACAAGUAUCCUAGGCAUAUUCCUCAACUACCUUGGUACCGUAAAACUCCUGCUCAAAUGGCUAUGGCUGGUUUUCUGCCAUUCAGUGCCAUUUACAUUGAACUCUACUACAUAUUUUCUAGUGUUUGGGGUCACCAGAUUUAUACCAUAUACAGCAUUUUGUUCAUUAUUUUCAUCAUUCUCUUGAUUGUCACUGCUUUUGUUAAUGUGGCAUUGACAUACUUUCAACUUGCUGCUGAGGACCAUGAUUGGUGGGGGAGGUCUUUCCUCUGUGGUGGAUCAACUGGUUUGUUCAUAUAUGGGUAUUGUAUGUUCUUCUACAAUGCAAGAUCAGAUAUGUCUGGUUUCAUGCAAACCUCUUUCUUUUUUGGCUACAUGGCUUGCAUUUGCUAUGGUUUCUUUCUCAUGCUUGGAACUGUUGGUUUCCGAGCUUCUUUAAUCUUUGUCAGGCACAUAUACCAUUCCAUCAAGUGUGAAUAGCCCAGAAGCUCACUUUUACUGUGCAGUGUUGUAUACAGCAACAAAAGAUCUCGUUACAAAUGGUUACUACAUACAGAAUAGUAGGGGAAAUGCAAUUGCUCUCCAAAUUUAUAUCACUGCUUAACAUAGUCUGAUAGAAAGUGUAUCAUGAUAGUAACUCACAAAGUUCUUACUUUUUGAAAUUAUAGAAGUGCUUUAUGCAUUACACAUUCACAUAGCUUUAGGAUUACAACAUUGUAUUAUUUGCAUCUUAAUUGAUGAAAGAGUUCUUUAGGGAACCUACUAUUGCAAGUUCAGUAAAAUGAAUAACAAUUACCGAUCAUUUUAAGCUUGUUUA